AUGUCGCACUUUGGAAGAUCCGGUCCUCCUGACAUCAAAGAUACCUACUCUCUCCUUGUCCUCAACAUCACUUUCCGAACCUCCGCAGAUGAUUUGUAUCCCCUUUUCGACAAGUAUGGCAAGGUCGUUGAUGUUUUCAUUCCCAGAGACAGAAGGACUGGUGAUUCGAGGGGCUUUGCAUUUGUUCGUUAUAAAUAUGCGGACGAGGCUCAGAAGGCGGUCGAGAAGCUCGAUGGACGACUUGUUGAUGGGAGAGAGAUCAUGGUUCAAUUCGCAAAGUAUGGACCGAAUGCUGAAAAAAUCCAUAAAGGCAGGAUAGUUGAAUCAGAUUCGAAGUCAAAAGGGAGGUCAAGGAGCCGCAGUCCUCGGCCAAGGUAUAGGGAUGAGCACAGGGACAGAGAUUCUAGGAAGAGAAGUCGCAGUAGAAGUAGGGGAAGAUAUGACCGUGACAGACACCGGGGAAAGGAAAGGGACCAUUAUCGAAGCAGGAGCCACAGUGGAAGUCCUGAUUAUCACAAAGAUCGUGGGAGAGGCAGAUAUGAUGAUAAGAGGCGUAGUCGGAGUCGGUCAUAUGGGAGUGCCUCUCCUGCUCGGCGCAGCCCCAGUCCUCGUAGGAGCCCAUCUCCACCUCCCUCUAGGGGAGGGAGUCCCAGUGGGCGUAAUCGCAAAGAACGUUCUCCUACUCCAAACAGUGUUUCACCUCGUGGCCGACCUGCUGACUCUCGAAGCCAAUCUCCCCGUAAAUCUGAUGCUGAUGAAUGA